UGAUGCUGCCAAGCAGCGCUGCGCUGUGUGAGAAAUCAAAGCGCAGGCGUCGAGUCGGGAGGUAGCAUAUCUUAUGCGCAGACUGGGUACUGUACAUGGCCAUUGAUGCUGCUGGAUAGAUGUAGCCCCUGAUGUAAAUAAGAAUGGCGAGGGCAGCGGGUCUAACAUGCCGCGUUAUCUCUGCUUGACAUCGGAACAUUUUAUGCCACCAUCGGGAUUUGAUAAAACGCGGGGGCCUUUUCUCGUUUUCAUCGGAAUCUGCCUUGACAGCUCGCCUGAUGAUUUUAAUUUGACACAAGAGCCAAAGCAGACGGGCGGCUUCUUCUAAUAAACACUCGGGAAAAACAGGUCAUUAUGACCUUAGUAUCCUCCAGUAAAAGAAAACCAUCGGAUUGUUUUUACGCGGCAGCAUUCUGCUUGCAUUUUUUGCUUUGGAUUUCGUGUGCUGUGUCCGGAGAGGAGGAUCAUCAGUUCAGCGUUGAGAGAUGGCUACAGAGGUAUGGCUACCUUCCCCGCACAGAACCGGGAAUGUCUGUCCUGCGCUCGGCUCAAACCAUGCACUCAGCCAUCGCUGCCAUGCAGCGUGUCUAUGGUCUCAAUGUCACAGGGACACUGGAUGAGAAAACCAAGGAUGAUAUCACGCUGAGUUGGAUGCAAAAGCUCGCUGUGGAGUUCCGGACAAAUUUAAAAGUGGGCGCCCGGGAGACUCACGAUGCCAUCCGGCGGGCGUUUGAUGUGUGGCAGGGUGUGACUCCGCUACGCUUUGAGGCCGUUCCAUACAGCGCACUGGAGACUGGCAGGCGUGACGUGGACAUCACCAUCAUCUUCGCUUCGGGUUUUCAUGGUGACAGCUCACCCUUCGACGGGGAGGGGGGAUUCCUCGCCCACCGCCUAUUUCCCGGGCCCAGGCAUAGGAGGGACACACCUUUGAUUCUGAUGAGCCCUGGACCCUGGGGAACCCAAACCAUGAUG